AUGUUUAUCUCUUGGUAUAUCUUCCCUGUGCGCAGGUUCAGCACCUUCUCGCUGUAUGGCACCACAACAUCCUGUCUCGACAACGUCAGUAUCUAUGACGGGGACAGCACUAGCUCCCCCCUGAUUGUGAAGAUGUGCGGACAGAAAAGCUGGCCUGAGCUGUGGCCCAUGUCCAUCCGCUCCACGGGCAGCAAGAUUCUCAUGACCUUCACCUCAGACAAAUCUUACCAGAGCACCGGGUUUCGUGGCGGCUAUUAUGUCCAUCAGUGCCUGCCGUUCACGUAUGGGCAUGAAACGUGCACUACAAACUGCAAAUGUUCACAAAACAACACCCAGUAUUGCAAUAACGUGAACGGAACUUGCGUGUGCAAGAACGGCUGGAGCAGCGAGAAUUGUUCGCAAGAUGUUGAUGAGUGUACCACGACCAAGCAGGAGUUGUGUCCGGCUGAUUACAAGCAGUGCCGGAACUUACCUGGGAGUUACGAGUGUACCUGUAAACCUGGGCUGACGGUUAAUUCGGUUACAGGGGCUUGUGAAGGUAGUUACUGCACCAAAAACUGCUCGCACGUUUGUGCUCGUGUGCCUCAGAACAACGGGACCUUCUACACAGAAGAGUGCUACUGCCCAGACGGCAUGAAACUUAACGGAAACGUCUGCCAAGCAUGCAGUAACAUGACGUACGGCAAAGACUGCUCACGAACCUGCGGCUGUGACCGUAAGACUUACGGCUCGUGCGACCCCCAGACGGCCGCGUGCAGGUGCUACCCAGGGUGGUACUCGGCCGGCUGUACCCUCGACAUCAACGAGUGCCUGACCCCAUUUGCCUGCGGGUUCCAGAACAGUCUGAUCUGUGUCAACACACCUGGCAGCUUCCGGUGCGAAUGUCCUAAAGGGUUCCAGAAAACAUCAACAGAUACCUGUGUUCCUUUAGUGUGUAACAGCGCCUACACCAACGCCUCUGGAAACAUAUUAACCCCUUACUACCCAGACACCUACUGGCCAAAUGCUUUUUGCUCGUGGACUGUGACCGUGGCCGUCAACAAAACGAUCUCACUCAAGUUGACCAACCUACCCAACAACCUGCUGUCCACCGAUUGUUCCAGCGACUACCUGGAUGUCUAUGACGGGGGUGACGCCUCCUCCCACCUGCUGGGGAGGUUCUGUGCCAACAUCGGCUACAAGGGCAUCGUCAGGUCCACCAGCAACAUCCUGUACGUCACCUUCAGGUCUGAUGGACUUAACGAGGCUGGGUUUGUCAAUGCCAGCUACUCGACCAAUGGUGAGACUGUUUUACUCUAUCAAUGGCCCACAACUUUGUACGUAGACGGCAGCUGUAAGUCGUAUCUCGAGGUGUAUGACGGGAAGCAUGCCGGAAGUCCGCUCCUCGGGAAGUUCUGUGGCUCCAAAAUACCCAGCGUUGUCAGGACAACCGGACCAUCUAUGUACAUCAUCUUCCAAUCAGAGGGCAGCUCUACAGGGAAGGGAUUCAAUGGGACGGUACAGGCUUACGACUGCCCAAGUUUCUACUACGGGCUGGACAACUGCUCCAGUCCGUGUCUCUGCAACAGCAGCAACGCCGUGAACUGCAACAACACCGACGGCCGCUGCACGUGCAGGGUGGGAUGGUCAAGCAGCAACUGCACCGUGGACAUUGACGAGUGCAAGAACACGAGCAUCUGCACCAAGACUGAAAGCUGUGUCAACACACCUGGGAGUUACAGAUGUGUACCAGACUGUGACCUCUGGGUUACUGAACAAAGCGGCACCAUACAGACGUAUGGGUUCCCGACCUACGCGCUGGCAGGUGCACAAUGUAACUGGUACAUCACAGUAGCCCAGCCUCAAACUGUUGUAACCUUGAGGUACAGAAAUCACUUCAGUAGAUCAACUUUGAUACGGGAGAUUAACGGGGAUUAG